AUGUCUAGUCAACAAGACACUGGCAUCUUACUCAACCACGCCCACAAUGGAAUUGGUUAUAAAUUGUUAGAGCUACCGCCUGAGGUGGUUACACUUUUGGAGUCGGAGAAUGCACCCGUCCUAACUAUAGAGUCCUCGACGAACUCGGCAAUAUUAAAGAGCGGUGCAGAGUCUUGGGGCCUUCGCCAGAAGAACACGUCAAACGCCUUGAUCUUGCUUCAAUCCUCUAACGAGACAAGCACUACGUCAUCACAAAUCCCAGAGACAAGUUUAAAGGCCAUUGCAACGAUUCAUGAUACGAUUGAGCUUGUGUCGGAACCUACAGGGAAAACAGCUCCUGUCGCGAGAGGCAAAUGGCACGAGAGGUUUGCUCGUGGAAGAUAG